GCUAUAUUUCCUUCUUUUACAUUUAGUAAUAAUAAUAAUAAUAAUGGCAUUUUGCAGAGAGAAAUAUUAAUGGUGAUUGAAUUUCUAUCUCCCCUGUUCCCUUAUGACCCAGUGAACAACCACAUGUCCUUUCGAAUUCAAGAAACUCUGAUUUCACUUUCAUCCCUCAGCUUCUAGCUGUCUUCUGAACCAGUACCAAGUCAGAAAAGAAGCAAACUUAUUAUUAAUUAUAAGGUGUUUUAAUUAAGAGAAGUUGGUUUCUGGUCUUGUUGUCGUUUUGGUGUGUUAUGGAAUCUUCCCAAGUGUUUGGAGGAGCCGAGGAGUGUCAAAGCAGUGAGUCCGGGUGGACAAUGUACCUCGGUUCGCCUCAAAACGACGACGAAAAUGAUCAGCAGAUCAGUGAUUAUUAUGGAGAGAACAAUGACGAUGAUAGUAACAGCAGCAACAACAACGACGACGACAAUAAGGGAGGUAAACGACACGACAACGACGACGGGGAUGAUGAUGAUUCCAUGGCUUCUGACGCUUCUUCUGGACCUAAGAAUCAUCGCAUAGAACGACGUCGUUUUGACGGAGAGAGCAGUACGUUUUACCAGCGUGAGGAGGAGGAAGAUGAUGAUGAUGAUGGUGGUGAUCGGGAGGAUGGAAAAAAGUGCUGCAAAAGCUUGGACAAGGAAGGAAAGAAAUCGGCUUUAUCGACGAGGAAGAAGAAGCAGAAGCAGAGAGCUGAAAGGAGGAAGGAAAAGUAGAGGGAAAGACGGUUUUCCUUUCACCAUGGCAAGGCUGGAUUAAGGGGAAGGUAAUAAAAUCUAACAACAAAGUGCAUAUUUGGGAGAUUAUAUGGCCAAGGGAAAAUAGAAUACGUACUGUUCCUUUUCUCAUUUCUCUCUUUUGUUUUUUUCUUGAAUGUGAUGAAAAUGAUGAUGAUCAUCAGCUUCUUGUUUUGUAGGGUGGGUUGUAUUUUGAUGAUGAUGAUGAUGAUCAGUUGAGAAAAAUAGGGACGUAGUACCGUUCAUUAAUAAUUGUAUAAUCCUUUUGUUUGC